AAUGUCAGCCUCUCCAGUGGCAAUGGCAAGGCUACCACUUCUUUGAUUUAACACCUCGCUCACGCUCGUCAUCUCCAGUCGGUUGCGAGUCGUCGUCAGCCUCCGGUGUUUCAAUCUCUUGCACGCGCGAGUGAACCACUUAAGAACCGGAACAGUGAGUGGCAUGUGAUGGAAGAACAACAAUGUUCCUGCACCAAAACGACUACUACCACCAUCACGGCCACGAAACCUCCUCGGACGGGUGUCCCUCCCCGACCUACACCCUAACCCUGUCCAGCCCCAUGUCCAUCUCCUCGGACCCGGGCAUGUCCUCCCAGCCCUACACCCCCAACUACUCCUCCAGCUGGAGCCACUACGGCGAGAACAACAACCUCUACGACGGCUACAGGCCCGACCACAACCCCUACGGCAGCCAGGACUUGUACAAAGCCUCCUACAACUGCAAGUACAAGAAGGAGGGUAAGAAAGGGACGUCGUCUUCGGCGGGGCUGGAAGUCAUGAAGAAGCGGAGGCUUGCGGCGAAUGCCAGGGAGAGGCGGAGGAUGAACAGUUUGAAUGACGCCUUCGACAGGCUCCGGGACGUGGUGCCGUCCCUUGGGAACGAUCGGAAGCUGUCCAAGUUUGAGACACUUCAGAUGGCUCAGACGUACAUUGCCGCCCUGCAUGAGCUGCUUCAAAGGGACUGAUGUGAUACCGGAUGUGAUACGACGCGUGUAAAUAAUUCAUUUAGGAAAAGUGCAUAAGUGGCGGUUGAAGGGAUUUGUGCAAUUACUACUAUGGCUCUAAUUUUAUUUAAGCACACAGUAUUAAGGAGGAUUGAUUUUGUAGUGCAAUAUUUUUUGGUUUGUUGUUUUUUUUUCAUAGUUUUAUUUAUUACUUGUUCCUUCUUGUUCUCUCAGUGUUUGUUUUUUAUUUUGAUUUUAUCUUGUAAUUAUGUACGAUAGUGUAAAUUAUAAUGAGCGUUUUAUGUUCCUUUUGUAUUAUACUUUUACCAAAUGUGUAUCUCAGUAAGUGCAAUAUUUUUAAUAAAUUUGAUGUUUUACAA